AAAAUAUUGCUUAACCAUUACAGACAAAUAAAGGAUGAGCAAAGAAAGUCCACCACAGCGGCGCAAUACCGGAAAGCUGUCAGCAAGUAGACUAGGCAAAUUUGAUAAUUUGCCUUUUCCACGCUCGUCAGUUGGGAAAAAGAAAAGUCCAGACAAACCGACGACUAUACCGCCGCCUGGCAAUUCAAUAUUUCAUUCACCCAUGAUUCUGGUAUCAACUGUUGAUGGUAAACCGACAUGCGACCAGUCGACCUUAACCAAACUGAGAGAAAUAGAGAAACCACUGAACAUAGUUUCUGUAGUUGGAACACUGAGAACUGGAAAGUCAUUCAUCUUGAAUAAACUGGCCAGACACGGUUCAGCCGAUGCCAAUUCUUGGUUCGAGAUGGGUCACACAACGACAGCUGUGACAAAAGGUAUAUGGGUAAUGUGUCGUCCACAUCCAACACAGGAAGACCAAGUUCUUGUUUUACUAGAUACAGAAGGGAUUGAUGAUCCUGAUAAGGUCGAUAUAGAAGACGACAAAAACCUGUUUGUACUUGCCACGCUUUUAUCCAGCACAAUGGUUUACAAUACAGUAGCGAAUUUGGACAAAACUGUCUUUGAAAAAUUUAAAUUUUUAAACAGAAUCAAGACAUCAGUAAAAGUCAGCGGCUCAGAAGAAGACGAUUCUAUCCUUGAUUUCUUUUUCCCAAAUUUCGUUCUCACACUAAGGGAUGUUACUCUUAAAACUGAGGACGAUGAUACCUAUCUGGAAGAUAAGUUAAAGCUUAAACGACGCGAAAAGGACGAAAAUAUCAGAGAAGACUUCUUAAAAGAAUAUAAUCUUCCAAGAAUUCUCGUCCGAAGAUAUUUCAAAAACAGAAAAUGCUUCCGGUUUAGGAAACCAGUAAAGACAGAUCUUCUGGAAAAAUUGAUGACGCUACCAGAGAAUACAUUGAAGUCAGAAUUUCAGGAAACACUAAACAAGUUCCGAAAGUACAUAUUUUCUUGUGAGCCAAAGUUAAUGAAAUCAGGAAAAGCAAUAAAUGGCAGGAUGUUGAGUUCCCUAUUGCUGAAUUAUGUCCAUUCCAUACAAGUUGGAGAAUCUCCGUGUUUGACAAGCGCAAUGAUAUCGAUGUCGGCAGUGGAAAAUACACAUGUAGUCCAGAAAGCAUCGGAAAUUUAUAAACGUGAAAUGCAAAGACGUCUAGCUUCCCAUUCACCGAGCGAAAACGGUCUUGUUAACUAUCACAAGGACAGUAUGAAAGCUGCUCUUGAAGUUUUGAAGUCUGGACUAAUUAUUGACGAUGAACAAAUUUAUGAAGAACAGGCAAUGAUUUGCUUCAAAAACCAGUUUGAAAAAUUCAAGAAUAUUGUCAAGGAAGAUUUAAAAGCAAAAUGUUUGCAUACACUUGGGAGGCUGGAUACAACGAAAAUACAAGUGAAGAUAAAAAAUCGCAAAUACUGUACACCAACAGGCUAUGAUGAUUAUAUGAAAGAUAUAGACUUGUUGAUACAGCAGUUCAAUAGAGAAGCAGGUUACAUGGGAUCUGUGGCGAGAUUCGUUCUUCAAGAGUUUCUUGAUAAAAAGGUAGAAGAAGAGGAAAUUGUGUACAAAAUGAUUCUACAGGCACUUGAUGGGCAAGAAGGGUCAGCAAGGAGAAGGAUCAAGCGCCCGAGUUUGUUCAGAGAAGAAGAUGCUAACAUUUUAAAGGAAGAAGAAGAAGUUGAAGAAGCAAUUAGAGCUGAUAUUGAAAUGUUACAAGUCAAUGGCUUACAGAGCAUUGGUACACAAUACCUUGGUAUGCUUAGGACAAAAAUUGAAGAAGUAGACAGAGUGAAGAAAGAACUCACUCAGAGAAGCUCAUACUACCAUAAAUUAUGUAAAGAAACGGCACAUUGGAAAGGCAUUUUUGACAAGGCCACAUUUAAUCUUUCCCACUAUAGGAAGCAGCUAAAAUCAGUAACUGAGCAAAAAGAAACGGAUAUGCAAGGCACAACUUACAAUGAGCCUUGGGAAGAUGUUAUAGGACCGCUUUGGAAGAAAGCGCUGGAGAAGGAUGAAUCCAUAGACGAAGAUGAUGUCACGUCACAAUGUUCUUUUGAUGAGGAGGAUUUCAAACCUGCAAAAGAAGAGUCAGCAAGUGGAGACGGUUUAACAGUUCUCCCUGACAGAAUUUCGCCGGAGGGAAUGUCUGAUGACCCUGUUCCUGUUAAAGAACGGAGAAAUUCUGAUAAAUACGUGCGUCGUGUUUGCAUAAUAGGGGAUUCCAUGAUUAAACAUCUCCCUUCCAUUGAAGGUGUUACAGUAUAUGCGUUUCCGGGGGCAACGAUUGGAAACUUGUCUUUUUUGGUUACCUCAAAGGCGGUUCCACUAACAGACUUCAGUUUUGUGAUUAUUCACAGUAGUGAAGUUGUUGCUUCG